CGAGCCCGAGUUGCCGCGGAUGCCGCUCCUGCUACUCCAUGCGGUCCUCGCGCUUCAGGGCGGCGGCACCUCAUCGCGCGGCGCCGCGCGCGCCGCUGCUGCCUGCAUCGCGGCGCCGCCGGAAGCCGCUGGCGCCGCUCCUACCGCCGCCUCGGCUGCACGCCUGCGUGCAGGACGGUACUCCGCAUACGAGCAGCUGCGCGGCCCCUACGACCGCGCCGCGCUGCAGCGAUUCUUCGCGCUGCGGCCGCUCGAGUUUGGCGGGCGGCUGGUUGAGUUCACGAGGGCUGCCAUCGCGAUCCGCGACUCUUGGCGCCGCGAGUCGGACGACACCCAGGCUCGCGGUGUCCGGCUGCGAGAGCAGCUGGCGGUGCUCGGGCCGGUGGCGGUCAAGCUCGGCCAGACCCUCUCGCAGCGGCCCGACAUCCUCGACGAGGAGAUCUGCGAGGAGCUCAAGCCGCUGCAGACCACAAACAAGCCGUUUGACGACGCCGAAGCGAUGCGGCUGCUGUCCGAAGAGCUGGAGUGGCGAGGGCCGAUCGCGCCGGGGGUGUGCGCGCCGGAGUGCGCCGAGCCCGACGGCGCGCCGCUCUUCGCCUCCAUCAGCGCCAGCCCCAUCGCCAGCGCCUCGCUCGGCCAAGUCUACAAGGCGACGCUGCACGACGGCUCCGAGGUGGCGGUGAAGGUGCAGAGGCCCUCUGCGAUGCGGCAGGUUGCGACCGACUUUGCGGUGCUAACGACGGUCCUCUACGGCAUCCAGUCGACGGGGUGGGGGAACGGAGACCUGGUCGAGAUCACCGACAUCGUCGCCGCCGGCGUGUUUGAAGAGAUGGACUACCGGAACGAGGCGGUCAACGCGCAGCGCUUCGAGCGCUCGCUCGACUUUUUGGGGUACGUCUCCGUCCCGGCGGCGGUGCCGAGCUUGCCGCCCACGCCGCGCGUGCUCGUCACCGAGUGGGUAGCAGGCCGGCUCGCCGAGAUGCGGAGCCGACACCUAAGCGACCUCUCUCGCGAGGAGGGGACGCGGAUGACAAACAUGGCGGUGGACGCCGUCACCGCCUCGCUCGUGCUGACUGGCUUCGUCCACGCCGACCCGCACGAAGGCAACAUUAUGCUGGGCGACGACGGGCGGCUCUACUUCCUCGACUUUGGGCUGAUGUCCGAGGUGCGCGCCGAGAUCAUGGAGGCGUUCGCGUACGGCAUCCAGUGCGUUCUCAACAAGGACUGGCGCGGACUUGUCACCGCGUUUGUCCAGACGGGCUUCGUGGGCACGGGGCCAUCGAGCGCCGCGCUGCCUGACCACAGCUCCCGGCUUGAGGCGCGGCUUCUGCGUUCCUGCAGGCACGCCCAUCGAGAGCGUAUGGAGAGCGUGCCGGGAGGCACCUCGCGCUUCGGCGCGCUCUCUACGGUCCUCUUCGACAUGGGCAACCAGUACACGCCGCCGUACAUCAUCCUGCUCAUCCGCACCUUCCUCACGCUCGAGGCGCGCGACCUCGACUCGACCGAGCUCCUCACGACUCUCACCACCUCGCGCAAGACGCGCCACCUCCGCCGCCUCGGCGUCCGCAUGCUCGCCGAGUCGCUCACGCAGCGCUUCGCCGCCGCCCUCUCGCCGCCGCCGAAGCACGAGCGGCCUCCACCCCUAGACACCGAGUACAGACCCGUGUGUUCUGACCAGCUGCGGCCGCCGCCAGAGCAGCUGCCUGUCAGUCCGGCGAGCGAGGCGUUGCGGCGGCGCCGGGCCGAGCGGCUAGCGGGCGUGCGGCGGGUGCUCGUCGCGUCACACUUGCAGCGGCAGGUGAGGGCGGGCUGGAGGGGCGCCGCGGCGAUCGGCGCCGUGGGUUUGCUCUUCUUCCGCGUCGCGGUGGUUGCGUUUUGCAAGGCGGCGGUGCGUACGCUGCCGGGCGCGGUCGGCGGGAUCAGGCGGGCGGUGUUACGCGGGUGA